CGUCAACAGCCGGUCCACGGCCUACACUGUACAUCUGCACUACCCCUACAACCUGUUACGCUGCCAUACAAAGGGACCUAGGUCCACCUCUCGAUGACUAUGGCUACGAAGAAGACUGCCCCAACGGAUGACGAGCUGCUGGCUCAGCUUGAUAAUCUGAGCACUCAAGCCACGGCGCGUCCGUCUAAGUCGUCUACGCGAACUGGAAGACAAGGACAAGCCGCGCAAUCGCAAUCGUCACAAUCCGAGCAAGACCUGCUCGCCGAGCUGGGUAAUCUUGCUCAACGACCUGCCAGCCGGCCAGCGACUCCUUCUCUUAGAGCCAAUGCCCCUACCGCAGCCGGAAGCCGAUCACCCAAGCCCCCUUCGGCAGCCACCCCUCCUCCUGGUGGGCGGACAAGCGAGGAGAAAUCAAACAACGGCCAACGCAAGUCUGGCGACAGCACACGUUCGUUCCAUCAGAGUUUCACCCCCGCGACCACUACCACCGAAGAGUCAACAACAGAGACGGAGCCGCAACCCGAGCGGACCCCUGCCAAAAGCGGUGGUUGGUGGGGAGGACUGCUGUCGACAGCAUCGACGGCGAUAAGCCAAGCUCAAGCCGCUGUCAAAGAGAUUCAGAAAAAUGAAGAAGCACAAAAGUGGGCGGAACAGGUUCGAGGAAACGUAGGCUUGCUCAAAGGCUUUGGCGGCGAGUUGAGGUCUAUCGCCAUCCCGACCUUUCAAAAUAUCCUACAGACAAUCGCACCUCCCAUCUCAUCCCACGAACGCCUACAGAUCCACAUCACUCACGAUCUGUCCAACUACCCGACCCUGGAUCCGCUUAUUUACCAGGUCUUCAGUCGUGUCAUGGCACAGGUUGAGGGUGGAGACCUGAUGGUCAUUCAACGUGGGCACGAAGCUGGGCCAAAGCGUGAUUCGAAGGAAAUGUCCCGACCGCUGGGCUCCUGGCACGAUGGGCCCUGGUGGAGAAGUGGGGAGAGAAGAAGUAUAAACGCAGUCAAUGGCCUCGUCGAGGGGACCAAGCUCGUCAGAGCCUCAGCCGAGGGCUAUGCCGAUGAAUACUUUUCCAGCAGAGGAGGCGUGGAAGAGGCCGCCAAACGUGCAACAGAAACACUUUCGGAAUCUAACCCUACCAGAGACAGCGAGAUUUUCCUCGCCAUUCAAGCCAUCUCACAACCCGUUUCGAAGACGUUGUUUGCAGCUGCAGCCAGCUCCGAAAAAGAAGGCCAAGUGCAGGAAGUCGAAGAGAAGGACGAGGAAGAAAUUGUAUUUGCAAUCUAUCUUCACGACCCAAUCCACGGUAUCGCCUUCCAAGCCAUAUCUCAGGCUAUUCCUCGUCAAUGGAUCGACUGGCUUGACGCCCCUAGUGGUGGUGAGGGUACACUGCCCGAGAGUAUCGAGGAGAUUAUCGCCAGUGGCGGUAUUGAUCCGAGGGAGUGGAUCAGUGAAUGGGUGGAAGAAAGUCUGACUUUGGCGGUGGGAAUAGUGGCCCAGAGGUACGUUGCGAAGAGAAUGGGCGUCGGCGAGGGCGGGGCAAAGAAGGGCAAAUUGAAGGCCGAUCUGAACCAGGAAGCUCUGCUGGAGAGCGGCGGUGGUGAGGCCGCUAGAGUGCUGUGAUGACCAUGUGUCCCGUCUUUUUUUUUCCUUCUCCCGGGUUGAGCACAGUUUCGUAUACCACAGUCGACAUUAUGGACGUUGGAGUUGGAUGGCGUUUUCUGCCUACUCCGCUUGAUAUGAAGCACCUAGAUAUGGCAACAAGUACUUCGAUACCCA